GGCAAUGGUCGGCAGUCUCAUCCCGACUGUCACAAGCGGUGGGUGUGCGCGGCUCCUCCAGGGCAGCGGCCUUAUUUGGUGACGGCGCGGAGGUGACGAGGGUGACUGGUGCACGCCGCGGGUGACGGGACGCUGCCCUCGGGAUCCCCCCCGCGCGUGGCUGGCUUGUUUUUUCCCUCCUCUUCAGUCUUGGAUUAUUAAGACUGACUUGCAGUUCGCGCCCAGCCUGAGGCCACACCGGGAAAAAAGAUAGAAAGGUUCCCGGGCGGGGCGGGACGGGGGAGUCUCGCAGCUUCACCCUGAGGGCUCGGCGGAAGCAAGGCAAUACCCUCUGGCGGGCUCUCAGCGGCGCCACUUGUCUGGGUGGAGGCGGCGCAGGCGGUGGAGGCAGCGAGACGUAAGACAGUGUUCCCAAACGUGUCUUUGCCUCGUCAGUGUUACGUCUGCCAGGCUGCGGUGGAAGGUGUCAGUGUUCCCAAGGGCGUCUCUGUGAUAGUAGUGAGUAUUUGGUAAGCAUUCUACAUCUCCUGUGGGAUUUGCGAGCGUCUGACUAAUCAAUGUGUGGCCUUUGAAAAUAUUUCUGAUGCGAGAACAAGGAGUGUUUGUGAGCUGGCGUGCCUUGUGAGCUGUGGCAAGAGGACGGGCGUCUCAGUGUUACCUCUGCACUCACCGAGCCCUGCGGAGAGAAAAGUGUGAGGGAGUGAGUGUUGAGCGUUGAGCCGCGAGGUGCGUGGCGGUGGUGCCUCACUGUGUGUUCCUCGGCAGUCUGGUGCAAGAGUGCCGCGGUGAGGAGGGAGUGACCCGCUGAGGCUCAUCGGAUAAUCCUGCAGCAUUGUUUGGAUGAGGCGAUCGCCAGCAGGAGGCGGAGUGACCGACGUAAUGGCCAUGUAAGGCGAGGCGUGUGUGGUCAGCCCGCCACCUGCCACUCACUCUCUUCUUGGCGGCGCACAAUCUCUAAGACAUUAAAUCGAAGCUACACCGCCACACCCACGCCCUCCCACGCCCAUUUUCCCGCUCUCCCACGCUGGUGAGGCGCCGCGCGGUGGACGGACGGGUCGCUGAUGCCUGAAGAGCGGCGCGCGGGGCAGCCGGCACCACGUAUUACCUGGAUUAUGCAAAUGAGAUGCAGAUGAGAGACAACAGCUGAUAAGAGGUGACCUGUGUUGGCAGACUGGAGGGAAUUAAAGAGCAGCGCCGCACAGUGAAGCGUGCGGGGAUGUCUUGAGCUCUACAACUCUUCAUCUCUUUAUCUUUUUUUCUGCUUCUUUUUAUCUUCUUGCAUUUUCACUUUAUUUGCAUUUCUUCGUGUUUUACUUUUAUUUCUUCCUUGCUAUCAUAUUUUUCUUCUCCCACACAAUCGUGUUAUCCCCGUCACUAAAAGCUGUCCCUCCUCCUCCUCCUCCUCCUCUCCCCCAUUACUCCUCCCUACUCCUUUCACUUCACACAGCUAAAUCCUCCUACUUCUCCUACUCCUCCUACUCAGCCUCCACUUUCCUUCCCUGCCUCUGACCCUCACAAUCCUUCCUUUUCAUCGCGUCUCCCUCUCCGGCGGCCCUGACUCCUCCCUCUAUUGGAAGUGAAAUGUCUUGCUUAGCCCGGGAGCCCCACUGAAGAACUCAAGAGGACCCUCCCCCCGAAACAUCAUGGGGCCCUCCUCCCUCCUGCCGGCGUGGUGGUGGUGGUGGUGGUGGUGUCUCGUCCAGGCUCGCCUCGUCAGCUCCCUCAACCUUGGUCUUUGCGAGGCGGCCUUGGGCAUGGAGAGUGGCGCUAUUCCCGACGACCACAUCACCGCCUCCUCCUUCUUCGAUCCCUCCGUCAAUGCCAUCUACGGGAGGGCGCGGGUUGAGAUCCAAAGCGGCGCGUGGUGUCCCCGGAAAGUGAUCCACAGGGCAGAGGAGGAGUACCUGGAGGUGUAUCUAGGCAGCGUGCACCUGUUGACGAAGGUGGAGGUACAGGGCAGGUUCGGGAAUGGCCAGGGCAAGGAGUACGCGGAAAAGUACAAGCUGCAGUACUGGCGGCCUGGAAUGGAAGACUGGAACACUCACAGAGAUGGGAAUGGGAAUGAGCUGCUGGAUGGCAACACCAACACGUACUUGGCGCAGACGUCACAGCUGAGCCCGCCCGUGGUGGCAGCCAGGGUGAGGUUCGUGCCCUAUAGCGACCACCCGAGGACCGUGUGCAUGAGAGUGGAACUGUACGGCUGUCCCUACACGGACGGGCUGGUGUCCUACUCCAUGCCUGACGGCGACGCGCGAGGCGGGGACUACAACCUGCGGGACUUGACCUACGACGGCACGCGGCGCGGCGGCUGGCUGUCCGGCGGCCUGGGCCAGCUCACCGACGGUGAGACCGGCCACACCAACUUCCGCGUGGACGCCCUGGGCCGCGGCAGGGGCUACGAGUGGGUCGGCUGGAAGAACGACAGCCGCCAGCACCAGCCCGUGGAGAUCACCUUUGAGUUUGAGACUGUGAGGAACUUCUCUGCCGUGCACAUCUACACCAACAACUUCUUCACCAAGGACGUGCAGGUGUUCUCGCGGGCGCGCGUACUGUUCAGCGUAGGCGGGGAGCACUACCACGUCCAUCCAGCUGUUGAGUUCGAGUAUGUGGUGGACCGCAUCUUCGAGUACGCGCGCAAUGUCACCAUCCGCCUGCACGGCGCCCCUGCGAAGUACGUGAAGCUGCAGCUGUUCUUUGAGCUGCGCUGGAUACUUAUCUCAGAGAUCGCCUUUGACUCAGUGCCCUGCCGCUGCAACGCCACCAAAGAGGAGGCGCCCACUGUCACCAACCCACUGGUGGAGGGUCAGGUGUUUGAGUCUCGAUCACCGCCCGCUCCCCCCGACCCCAAAACCCCGCCCGCCGCGCCCUCGGGCCUGCUGGUGGGCGGGUUGGUCACGCUGGGAGUGGUGUUCGCCGUGAUCCCGGUUGUGCUGUUCGUGCUGUACCGCCGCUCCAGGGGUGCUCAGGCCACCGAGAAGCCGCAGCCACAGACUCCUCCUCCCGAGAACCGCAAGGUCUCCAUGAAGAUGAAAGACUUACACAUCAACCUGAGCCUUGCCUCCGUCACCACUGGCUACUCCCGCGCCAACGGCAAAUUGUACGGCCACGUGGCGGUGGACGACGAGGCCAGCUCUUCCCUGUACCAGGAGCCAUACAAGGCCGCGCUUACCACAUCCAGCGACCAGAGCGUCGGCAAAUCCACAGACUGCACGGACACGCUACUCAAGUCACCCUUCCCGCUCGACACCGAGGACUCCGUGGACUACGCCGUGCCUGACCUCAACAUGACGCCACCGCCGCCCUUCUCUGACGUGUACAAGCCGCCCUUCCCGGACGUAGUCAAGCACCCUGCUACCGCGCACUUCCAUUCCCCGCCCGUACCACCCAUCCCGCCGCCGCCCCAGGAGAUAUACCUGAGUGCCGCCGAGUACUGCCAGGCGCCCAGCAUCCAGGGUGUCACGGGCACGGUGGCCUUCACUGAAGAUGAGGUCACCGACGCUAAUUACGAGCGGCCCGUGCCCGAGCUGGCGCGACACCGCCUGCAUCCCUUGGAGACCCUGGGCGGCGGCCCGUGCGGCGUGGUGCGCCUGUGCCGUGUGGACGACGUAGGGCGCAGCGGCUCGCGGCUGGUGGUGAUGAAACAGCUGCACCCCGGGGCAAAGGAGAUCACCAAGAAGGAGUUCCACCAGGAGGCGAGGACGCUGAGCCGCCUCACGGAGUCCUGCGUGGCUCGCCUGGUAGGCAUGGUGACGCGCUCAGACCCGCUGUGCCUCAUGGUGGAGUACCUCAGUUGCGGCGACCUGCACCAAUUCCUCAGGAAACACACUCACCACGAGACCGUGCCGGCAUGCGGUGCCGCUGAGCAGCCCGUCAUCAGCUACGGUGGCCUGGUGCACUUAGCGGUGCAGGCGGCGGCGGGCAUGCGGCACCUGGAGGCUCUGGGCGUAGUGCACCGCGACCUGGCGGCACGGAACUGUCUGGUCGGUCCCGGCCUGACCCUCAAAGUGUCAGACUUGGCGAUGAGUCGGCCGCUGUAUGCCAGCCACUACUACCGCGCCGGCGAGGGUCUGCCGCUGCUGCCGGUGCGGUGGAUGGCGUGGGAGUCUUUGCUGCAGGGCAGGUUCUCCAGCAAGAGUGACGUGUGGGCCUUUGGCGUCACGCUGUGGGAGAUCCUGACGCUGGCCCGCCAGCAGCCCUACGCAGAGCUGAGCGACGACGGCGUGCUGGAGAACGUAUCCCAAUGCUGCCACGGAGACGCCGCCGCCAUGAUGGUGCUGCCGCAGCCGGCGCUCUGCCCGCGUGAGAUGUACGACAUGAUGACAGCCUGCUGGAGGCCCGGCGACCGCCAGCGGCCGCCCUUCUGGGAGGUGCUCAUGUUCCUGCAGCGCAAGAACCUCGGCUACUGCCUCGACUACCCAGACUGAGGUUGAAGAGUCGUCUCCCACUACGCCGCCCGCCUUACUGACAAGUGUCCAGCUUGGCGCAACGGACACUGGUUAACGACGCUCGCUUGAUCUCUCCACCGCUACCAAGCUUUGGAACACCGAGAAGUGACGGAGGCGUCGUGAAGCACAUUGUGUCUGUUUGAAGGGAGUCGGUAUCGCGUCGAUGUCCUCAGUGAGACAAGACUGUUGGUGCGACGUGUAUGGCGUGUGGUGGCGACACACUGGUGGAAGGAAGCCGUCCCUAUGUGUGACUACGUGUGUACUCACUUCAUGAAUGAACCAAAAGAUAAACAACAGAGUCAAUAAACAGAGUUGAAAAUUAGUUGAAAAACGUGCAGAAAAUCUCUUUGAAUGCGUGGUCGAAAAAGAAGGAAACGAAUCAGAAUUACAGAAAACAAGUUCACCAGAAGUGAGGCAGCUGCCGGGAAGGGCAGAACCAACACGGUGAAUGAAACAAAGAGGAGGAAAUGAAGCAAAGAGGGAUAACACGAUAAUACUAUUCUCCCUUCUUCUGUUCCUUCUUUUCCCUCUUAGCCAAUGCUCCCUUGUGUCUCUUCGUCCGUCCCUGCCUCCCUCCUGCUCCUGGCACCUUGAGGGACGCCGCGGUGCCUGGAGGCGUGAAAUCACCCCAUCCGUGCUGGAACACGCGGGAACUGUGAGCUGGCGAGGGGAGGGAGUGUUGCGUGAUUACAAAGCUUUAGGAGUGAAGGAAACGCAUGACGGACGCCAGUCGGGGAAUUUUGUGAUAUGUGGUGAAGGAAGGAGGAAGGAGGAGGAGGAGGAGGAGGAGGAGAAGGAAUAUACUGAGUCACUGAGGUGUUGCUUACUUGCUUUUCCUUGCUUAUCCUACGGCAAGGUUACAAACUCCAGCCUGACUCAGUUUAGUAGCAGAGGAGGCAGCGCUCUCAUCACCUUCACCACCAGCACGUGACUACCCCUGCGGCGCUGUGACUCAGUGGUGGGCGUGCUGAGUGCUGGUUGUGUUCGUCUACCUACUCUAUCUACCGUUCGCUGGUUCCUACGCCUCCAGAGGGACACGACACACGGGACACUGAAAGCCGCGUCACCUCGGCAUAACCUGUCACAAGCCUUCACCAAACGCACAAAUCACUCGGAACAAACCCGAGGAACACCUGCACGUGGACUCAUGUGUAAUACUGGCGACAAUGGAAAUAAUACACUAUACCUGUAAUACAAUUGAGUUCACCCGAGUUCGAAUUAAGCAGUAAAUGAGUCCUCUUUCAAGUUAAUUGGUGGCAUCUGGCAUCCCCAUAUUUUGUUCCUACUUGUCACUGGAGGUCAGGGGCGUGGCGGUGUGGAGACAAGAUCCGCGUAUCGCCUUGUGCAUGUUAACGUUACAAUUCAUGCGAUGGGAAGUGUUCACCGCGCCGCUGGCCAGUGGUGUGAUGAUGUGCACACGAUGAGAUGCCGCACGCCACCAGCCGUAUUGCGAGAGUGAUCACAUACAGUUAACUUAAUAUUUGCAAGGGUUUCAAAUAUUUUUAACGUGUUGUUUUUACUACUGAUAUACUAAAACACUGAAUUAACCCUGAAUGUUAAUAAAUCAUAUACCAUUUUCUCGGCGAAAGUAAAUCAUAAUUCAUAAAGAAACCCGUGAAAAGUAUUAAAUAUUUCAAAAUCUUGUAUUUCUAUUACUGAUGCACUGAAAUACGAAGUCAGUCAGUGUAUAAACAUAAAAUCUAACUCGUUAUUUUUCACGUAUACAAAAAGCCAGCGUUUCCAGUGGCGCCAGUACCACGCGAGGGUUUACGAGCAGCUGUUACUUGUAUAUUUUUUCUAUACCUCACCUGUUUUCUACGAGAGUGUCAAAGAAAAAGCAUACUUAUCUCGGCUUUACCUUAGAGAGGUUUUUGUAUACACGCAGGUGACGGAACCUCGACGCGUUACCUGCCUUCCCUCCUUACCUGUCCUAGUCAAAUAGAUCUUUCCCUAAUUGUUAAGGAUAUAUAUUUUUGGAGUCUUAAGAGGCAAUAGAAAAGAAAAGUAAUUAUUUAUAUCACUACCCUGCCAGUUAGCGAGGCAUUCUACAUACUGUACUGGUAGCAAAUAUUUGUGGUUACUGUUUUCAAAGGCAUUUUUUGGCUUUUUUUUCAUUCAUGCUUGUUGAAGAAAAAUUUUGUGCUAUAUUUAUUACUUACGGUGAAAAAUAAAAAAAAAACCGGGUGAUGUGUGAUAGAAUAAAAAGAUGUUGAGUUUUUGUUAUGAUUCUCGUUUACCAUCUCUCUCUCUCUCUCUCUCUCUCUCUCUCUCUCUCUCUCUCUCUCUCUCUCUCUCUCUGGAUCACCAGGGCGCCCAUCACCCACACAUCCCCCACAGAUCUCUCACUCUCAUCCUGCCGCCUUCAGGAGUCCCUCGGAGGCUCCCUGCGCCCCACAGCCUUCAGAUACUGUGUGCACAAUAAAAGGCUGAAAGUA